GCCAUGGGAAUCUAGCCACGACCAUUGUUUAGUGCUGCAGUGUGAAAGUCUGAGCUCUAAGUGCGCGGAAUAGGUACCUGUGUUGUUGAUUUUAGCUAAGCCUACUUUUCGGCACGUAAUAAGUAAAGCUAGGGAGUGAUCGCACAGGAAAAAUGUGUGAAUUUUAAUAGUUUAUUCCUUUGCACUUUGCAUAUGUAAUUUGCCUUUUGUAAUUUGCACUUUUUUAACUGUUAAGAGAACAUGGUGAACCCAGGCACUAGCUCUCAGGCCCCCACAGUUACCGCUGGUUCUCUGUCUUGGAAAAGGUGUGCGGGAUGUGGAGGGAAGAUCGGAGACCGCUUCCUCCUCUAUGCAAUGGACAGCUACUGGCACAGUCGAUGCCUGAAGUGUUCUUGUUGCCAGGCUCAACUUGGAGAUAUUGGCACAUCUUGCUACACCAAGAGUGGAAUGAUUCUUUGUAGAAACGACUAUAUCAGGUUAUUUGGAAACAGCGGAGCAUGCAGUGCGUGUGGGCAGUCGAUUCCAGCCAGUGAGCUGGUCAUGAGGGCACAAGGAAAUGUCUAUCAUCUCAAGUGUUUCACAUGUGCUACAUGUCGGAAUCGCUUGGUACCAGGGGAUCGAUUUCAUUAUAUCAACGGCAGUUUGUUCUGUGAACACGAUAGACCUACAGCUCUCAUCAGCGGCCAUUUGAGUUCACUUCAGAGUAACCCGCUGUUGCCAGACCAAAAGGUUUGUUAAAGGUUGGAGCAGUGCGUAAUGCGUGCCUUCAUCUCCAAUCUUGCUUAUCAUGGAUGGAUGCCACAUGUCUCCAGUAGUCACAUCUGUGACUGGCAGCAGUGCCAGCUUCAUGCCAUAGCCCCCUUUCUUCUCUUUUCUCUUGACUGCCCUUCUCAUGCUUAUUGGUGUAUUGAAAUGACUGAAGAGGAACAUUAAAGACUCCAUGAACCUGGGCUAAUGGAGACCAAAUAGAAAAUGAGAAAAAAACACCAGAGGACAUUUUUGGAAAAAAUGACAAAUGAACCUAAUUAAAAGAGCGUUCAGAUCCAGUUUGUACCUCCAUUAACAAUUAGCAGGGCACUGGCUGGAGUUUUUACCCUGUGUUUUAACUUUGCAACAUUCUGUUUGCUCUUUGUAUAUUUACGUGCUGUAAGGGAAUGUCAUGAUCAAAGCAGACCAUGGGCUAAAGGAAAAAAAUCUGUGGUUUAGUGGUAUUCUAUCAUAAACACUCUUCAGUGUAAUCUCUGUAAAAUAACAUGUAUGUAUGCAUGUAAGUGUUUUGUUCAGAUGUUGCUACUCCAUACAGUAAAAUGUCUUGUAACAGCUACUGUGUAGAGAUUUCCUCCUACCUAUAAUUUGCUGAAUGAAAACAAAAAUCUUAUUUGUGAUAUUUUCAGAGGCAUUUGCUCUAGUAUGGUGUAUUUAAAUAAUAAAAGUUUUAAAAGAAAAUUA